GUAAACUGGAAACGUUGGCAGUGGCUCGAUAAUACCUAGAGAAAAGAGUCUUCCGAAUGAAAAUCAAUAUAAUCUUUCUUUAGUAGAAGCAGACGAUUUUUCAGAGUUAGUAAACGUGUACUAUCGGUUUUCGUAAAACGGGAGGAUGCAAGUUGUUGGGAUCGACGGUCGCGUCGUCAGCUAUCUGUUUUGCUUUCUGAUACUCCAAGCAAAACUAACGAACUCAAGAACCUCGUGGAGGCUCAGCGCUGACAAAGUUGUUAAGACAAUAGACUUCUCAAGUACAGUCGAGGAUGAUCCUAUAUUCGAUAUCUUGGCGAGUAGCAUUAGCGUCGGCAAUGGACAGACUUGGAGUAGAACAGCUGUUUUUGAAAAACACGAGCCUUACUGUCAAGAGUCCAAAAACGUUCUUUCUGGGAACCAUGAACGACGAUUCUCGUCAUACGUGUUGAAGGAUACACCAAACGCUACCGAGUCGUUUCCUCUACCGUCUCAAGCACCGGACGAUCAAGCAACGUGUACUUCUGGUCAACAGUGUGAAGAAGUAGUCCUAGAUUGCGGAAAGCCUAUUAAUUGUUCACAUUAUGAUAAUUUGGUUGGCAUUGAAAACAGGGAUAAACAUAAACUAGUUCCAGAACCUGACGUGAUACGUAUGUUCAAAAAGAACGGUGGUAAAACUACGGAUAUCGAUAUCGAUCUAUUGGGGAAACGGUUAAUAAAAGCCAAACGGGAGAAGCCGAAAUCUGUUCAACUUUAUAAUCAAAUAGGAAAUUUUUGGCGCAUAAAAGGAGAUGCACGAAGAUCGAUUGAAUGUUUCCGAAGGGCGCUGGCUGUAUCGCCGCAAAAUGCAGAAGUCUUAUUAAAUUUAGCAAGAGUGUUGUUGGCUCAACAAUACUUGGACGAUGCAACGUAUUUAGUAAGACGUUCUUUGGAAAUGCAGCCUCCAGAUCAGAAUGCAUGGGAACAAUAUCUUACACUUGGUCAAAUAUUCAAAGAAUAUGGUCAUUAUCAGGAAGCAGCCAUACACUUUCGACAUGCUCUGGAAUUAAAACCAGACCUCUCUGAAGCAGCUGAAGGUCUAAGAGAAGUGGAGUCACUUCCGGUUGCGAGUAUACAUAUCUAUACAUUACUGAUAAUUAUAUGUUUGGUGCUUGGAGUACUUUUGGUUGUUCUGAGCAAUGUUAAAUGCGACGAAGAUUCUAGUCUAGUUAACGGACAACUACAACGUCCAGUACCGCGUCAUUUUAGUCGCGCAAUGGCUAUGCGCAGUCUACGGCUUAACGUUACUCGUAAUAAACGUUGUUGAUUAUUUACUAAGAAAAUUAAUAUAAUAUAACAAUACGCAGCAUAAUAUAAUAAUCUUGUGAUAGACUAAAAUUUCCAGUUGCUGUUAUCAUAUUAUCUACAAAGUAUUAUUUGUAAUAUGAUUUUUAAUAAUUAUUUAGUGUAUUAAUAAUUAUGUAAUUUAUUAUAUCUACAAAUGAAAAUAUACAAUAGAAAACAACAGCAUUUUUCAUUCACUGCAACAAGAAAAAACUGCGCUAUAUAUAUAUAUAUUGUAUAUUGUAUAUAUAUUGUAUAUAUAUAUAUAUCGUGUAAUAAUUUCAUUAUAAUUUAAGAACGGAAUGUAAUUUGUGGAAUUACAUGUUUUCGUCGUUGUGCUAAAUAUUAACGUGGAUAUUAUUAACAACGUUAUUUAGCAUCAUUUACAAUAUACAAUGACACUAAAAUAUAUAAGUAAUUCCUUUGCUUAUUCUGAUCACGCGGAAAGAUCUAACGUUUACAUCUGUAAAUAAUUUACAGUUAUGCAAUUCACGAUGUAAUAUCAUCUUGAGAUAAUUAUUCUUAAUAUAUACAUGAAACAUUUAACUUUCUCUUGCAAAUAAAGAUAUGUAACAAAUUUAUUCUUUCAUUGUUUCGAAUAUAGAUUAUUUUCUAUGUUCAUUGAAUACAAUAAUAUUAUUUCUUACUUUAUAUAUAACAAUAUAUAUUUAAAUGUAAAACAACAAUGUUUUACUUUUGUUUGUUUUUUUUAUGCAUCUAGCACAUCAUUUUUACAAGCUUUCUCUA